AUGCUGAAGGAUGACGGAAACCAAUGGGUCUCACAGGCGGGGGAGCUAGAGAAGAUUGCGACGAACUACUAUCGCCGUCUCUACUCUAUGGAUGAUGUGGAUCCGGAGGUGGAGAAAUUGGCACCAGAUGGCUUUGUACAACUAACACGGGACGAGCUGACAGAGUUGAAUAAGCCAUUCCGAGAAACGGAUGUGGAGAAGUCCAUGAGGAGCAUGGGUAAGUACAAGGCGCCGGGCCCGGACGGGUUUCAACCAGUAUUUUACCAGGAGAGCUGGGAAGUGGUAUUGAAACCGGAGAGAAUCACGCAGUUCCGGCCUAUAAGUCUGUGCAACGUGUUGUUCAAAACAAUUACCAAAACGAUGGUGAUGCGCCUGAAGAAGGUAAUGCCGAAGCUCAUUGGACCUGCACAAUCAAGUUUCAUUCCGGGAAGGCUAAGUAUGGACAAUAUUGUCUUGGUACAAGAGGCAGUACAUUCUAUGCGUAGAAAGAAGGGUGUAAAAGGUUGGAUGCUACUAAAGCUUGAUCUGGAGAAAGCUUAUGACCGUAUAAGGUGGGAUUUCUUGGAGGACACACUUCAAGCAGCUCAACUUCCGGAGGCCUGGAUCAGUUGGAUCAUGCAGUGCGUGUCAGGACCGGAAAUGAGCGUACUUUGGAAUGGAGAACGAACUGAAGCUUUUACUCCUAAACGUGGACUGAGACACGGAGAUCCCUUAUCUCCAUAUCUGUUUGUGUUAUGUAUGGAGCGCCUGUGCCACUUAAUCGAGACAGCUGUUGACCAGAAACAAUGGAAACCAAUUCGGCUAUCGCGAGGAGGCCCGGCUUUAUCGCCUGUGUACUUCGCUGACGAUCUGAUAUUGUUCGCGGAAGCCUCUGUCACGCAAGUACGGGUGAUUAGAAGGAUCUUGGAGAAGUUCUGCAUCGCCUCAGGCCAGAAAGUAAGUCUAGAGAAGUCUAAAAUUUUCUUCUCUGAGAAUGUGAGCAGAGAAAUGGGAAAGUCGAUUAGUUAUGAGAGCGGUAUUAGCUCCACGCGGGACUUGGGGAAGUACCUUGGAAUGCCAGUUCUCCAGAAACGUAUCAACAAAGACACAUUUGGUGAGGUUUUGGAAAAAGUCUCAUCGCGAUUAGCCGGAUGGAGAGGCCAGAUGCUGAGCUUGGCAGGUCGCAUUACCCUCACCAAAUUUGUCGUCGAUUCCGGUUCAUACAAUGAGUUCUAUUGUCCUACUGCAAUCUCUAGUAUCUCGGCUGGACAAGGUAGCACGAGCCUUCCUUUGGGGGGACACGGAGGAAAAGAGGAGACAACAUCUGGAUGGUGUCUUCUACACGAUACAGAAUCCCUCUGGGCUAAAGUCCUACGCAGUAAGUAUGGUGUAAAGGACGUUCGGGAUAAUACUUGGUUCAAGAAAUCAGGGAAUUGGUCGUCCACUUGGCGAAGUAUAUUACGAGGCAUGAGGGAGGUCGUGAUCCCCGGUUUAAGUUGGGUAGUUGGAGACGGGCAGAACAUUCGUUUCUGGCAGGACAGAUGGAUCUCACAAAUGCCACUAACAGAUGAGGCGACGAUGGCGAUACCUCAAUGGCUUGCGAAGGCGUCAGUAAGUGAGUUAUGGAUUCCGGGAAGUGGCUGGAAUAUGCCUCAGCUGGAGCCUUAUACCAAAGAGGUCACAAGAUUGCAGUUGAGAACAGUGGUAUUAGACGAGGUUACUGGAGCGAGAGACCGAGUGUCUUGGGGACAUACCCAGGAUGGAGAGUUCACGGUUAAAUCCGCGUAUACAUUCUUGACCCGAGAGCACACUCCCAAGGCAAGUAUGCAGGCUAUCUUCACUAAGAUCUGGCGCAUUCUAGUUCCGGAAAGAACACGGGUCUUCCUGUGGCUCGUAGUGAAUCAGUGUAUUAUGACUAAUAUGGAGAGACAGAGGAGACAUCUGAGUGAUACAGGGGUCUGCCAAGUGUGCAAAGGAGGAGAGGAAUCCAUCAUCCAUGUCCUCCGAGACUGUCCUGCAAUGGCGGGGAUUUGGAACCGGAUAGUUCCAGCAAGGAAGCGACAAGAUUUUUUUGCUACACCGCUCCUUCGUUGGGUCUAUGAGAACUUAGUAAACGAUGUUGACAUGGGUGGAUAUUCCUGGCCCACUAUAUUCGCCAUGGGUGCAUGGUGGGGAUGGAAGUGGCGUUGUUGGAACGUGUUUGGGAGUUCUGGAAAAUGCAGGGACCGAGUCAAGUUCGUAAAGGAUCUAGCUUGUAACGUUACGGUGGCACAUAACAAAAUCAGAAAACAAGCUGGAAUGGUGACUAGGGUCGAACACCAGGUAGCAUGGAAACCACCCGCGAGUGGAUGGAUGAAGAUUAAUACAGACGGAGCUUCAAGGGGGAACCCGGGUCUAGCUGCGGCUGGUGGCGUUCUACGCGACGAGAAUGGUACAUGGGUGUGUGGUUUUUCUCUAAACCUUGGCGUUUGCUCGGCCCCUCUUGCUGAGUUAUGGGGUGUUUACUAUGGUCUUUACACGGCAUGGGAACGGAGAGUGCCGAGAGUUGUGGUGGAGGUGGAUUCCGCCAUAGUUGCUGGUUUUUUCAAUACAGGGAUUAGCGAUGCUCAUCCGCUGUCUUUCCUAGUACGUUUGUGCUACGGCUUCUUAUCCAGGGACUGAGAGAUACUCUUACGGCUGCCUGGAAAAUCUAUUGCGAGGUUUCGUUGCGUUUCGAAGCGUUGGUCAUCAACCAUCGCUGAUCCAUAUUUCAUCAACUCGUUCGAAACUCGGUCCUCAACAAAGCCGAGCCUUCUACUCUGUCUCAUAAAAGGUGACGAUUUGUUUGUUUCCUCGAUUCCGCAAAAUACUGUGGAUUCGAACGAGGCUUACUCUUCUUCUCUUCCCGUUGAUCGUUAUCAUAUGAAACUCCCAGCAAAAUAUAGUUACUUCCCUCCUAUGGAAUCCGUCCACGGCUUGAUAUGCUUUAAAGAUUCGCCAGAUCCCAAAGUUUGGAACCCUAGCAUGAGAAAGUUCUUGACGUUACCAAAUCCCAAUAACCAUAAGAGCUGGAAAAAGCAAACACUCUUUUUAGGAUACGAUCCCAUCGAAGCUCAAGAAUCAUGGAGAACGGUCAAGACAAAUCAUAGCACCGCGCUUACGGUUAUACUUAUGGGCGAUGCAUCGAUGGGGUGA